GUGCCGUGAAGUUGGGGAGGAAAUGGCGUCUCUUUGAACGGCAUGUCGAAGCUGAAGAUGAGCGUUUGAAGCUACGGAAAGAUUGCUCUGAGCUCAGUCUGACUGUACACGACAGAAUCCGCAAAGUGAGACCGAGAGGAGCGCACCCAGAGAACAGCCCAAUGGAAGCCAAACCCGGGAGGCCAGUGGUGCUACAGCCCCGCUGGAAGCGCGUCGUAGGAUCGACUGGUCCAGUCCCACGGCCCCGGCACGGACACAGGGCCGUAGCCAUUAAGGAGCUGAUGGUGGUGUUCGGCGGGGGGAACGAGGGGAUCGUGGACGAGUUGCAUGUCUACAACACAGCCACCAACCAGUGGUUCAUCCCUGCAGUCCGUGGUGACAUCCCCCCCGGCUGUGCCGCCUAUGGCUUCGUGUGUGACGGGACGAGGCUGCUGGUGUUCGGAGGGAUGGUGGAGUACGGCAAAUACAGCAACGACCUAUAUGAGCUGCAGGCGAGUCGCUGGGAGUGGAAACGUCUGAAGGCCAAAGCGCCAAAGAAUGGCCCACCCCCCUGCCCCCGUCUUGGACACAGCUUCUCUCUGAUUGGAAGCCGGUGCUACCUUUUUGGUGGACUUGCCAAUGAUAGUGAAGAUCCCAAAAACAACAUCCCCAGAUACCUGAAUGACCUGUACUGUCUGGAGCUGCGGCCGGGCUCCAGCGUGGUCGGCUGGGAGAUUCCAGCAACGUCCGGCCCACCACCACCACCCAGAGAGAGUCACACGGCGGUGGUGACAACAAACCACGCGGCCAGCAGGUUAAUCAUCUACGGAGGCAUGAGUGGCUGCCGGCUGGGGGACCUGUGGGUCCUCGACAUAGACUCUCUGGUGUGGAGCAAACCAGGCCUCGGUGGGACGGCCCCCCUACCUCGCAGUCUGCACUCCGCCACCACCAUCAACAACAAGAUGUAUGUUUUUGGAGGUUGGGUUCCUCUGGUGAUGGAUGAUGUUAAAGUGGCGACUCAUGAGAAGGAGUGGAAGUGCACCAACACACUGGCCUGCCUCAACCUAGACACGAUGUGCUGGGAAACGGUGCUGAUGGACACAUCAGAGGAGAACAUCCCCAGAGCUCGCGCAGGUCACUGUAGCGUCGCCAUCAACUCCAGACUUUAUAUCUGGAGUGGCAGAGAUGGAUACAGGAAGGCCUGGAACAACCAGGUGUGCUGCAAAGACCUCUGGUACCUGGAGACCGAGCGUCCCUGUGCCCCCUCUCGGGUGCAGCUGGUGCGGGCAAACACUACGUCUCUGGAGGUGAGCUGGGGGCCGUCACAGACUGCAGACACCUACUUGCUACAGCUGCAGAAGUACGACAUUCCUGCCACACCUGCGGCCUCCUCACCUGCCACAACCCCUUCCCCCACUAUUGCCACACCUGGAGCCAGCUCCCCCAAAAGCUCUGCCCCCGUCACAGCAGUACCAGCCAACCAAACUGUCCCCCUGUCCGGCAUCACACUCGUCCCUACUCCCACUGCAUCUGUAGCUGGAACCCCGUUGGCUGCAGCUGCUAAAGCACCAGCAAUCUUGAAAGUGCCAUCAGCUCCAGGUACAACAGGUGGAGCCUCCAUCGUCACAGUGAGACAGGCCAUGCCCAAGUCGCCAGUUGGUGUGACGACACUUCCUGCAGGUGUUCGUAUGGUGGUACCUGCUCAGCCCGGUCAAACGCCAAUCGGCAGCAAUCCUCAGAUGAGUGGCAUGGCAGCAUUGGCGGCGGCAGCUGCAGCGACUCAGAAGAUCCCUCCAUCUACAGCAACGGUGCUGAAUGUCCCCGCAGGAGCAACCCUAGUGAAGACUGUCGCUGUCAGUCCAGGAACGAGCAGUCUGCCUGUCAAAGUGGUGAGUAACGUGGCCACGGGAAUGUUGAAGACGGCUGCAGCCCAGGUGGGUGGGGCCUCUGUCUCCAACCCUGGGACCCCCAGCAGGCCAAUCAUCACGGUCCAUAAGUCGGGCACGGUGACCGUCUCUCAGCAGGCUCAGGUGGUCACGACGGUGGUGGGUGGAGUCACAAAGACCAUCACUCUGGUUAACAGCCCACUGAGCAUGGGAGGAGGCGGGACACUGCUCAGUAACCUCAGCAGCCUGGGCAAAGUGGUAUCGGUGGUCCAGACCAAACCAGUUCAGAGUGGUGCUGUUACUGUCCAGGCUGGGAGCAACGCAGUAACUCAGAUCCUCCAGGCUAAGGGCGGUCUCCCUGCAGGAACCAUCCUGAAGUUGGUAUCGUCUGCCGAUGGUAAGCAGACCACCAUCCUCAGCACGGCACAGGCUGGAUCCUCAGCAGGGAAACCCACCAUCCUGGGCGUCGCGCCGGCAGCCUCCAAACCCGGAACCACCAUCAUUAAGACCAUCCCAGUGUCAGCUUUGCAGGGAGGCGCAGGUGGAAACAGUCCGAUCACCAUCCUGACUACCAAGAUGGUGACUCCAGGGACCGCUGGAAAAAUCCUCACCACCGUGCCAAAAGUGUCUGCAGGUGGCCAGCAGGGGGUCACACAGGUGGUGUUGAAAGGAGCUCCAGGUACGCCGGGCACAAUCCUCAGGACCGUCCCGAUGAGCGGAGUCAGACUGGUCUCGCCAGGAGGUGUUGGCAGCAAGCCCGGCACAGUAACCACGCUGGUUGUCAAGGGAACCACAGGUGUCUCCAGUCUGGGGACGGUUACAGGAAACAUCUCCACUACCCUGGCAGGAACCGCCAGCGCUCAGGUUAACGCCUCCUUGGCAACACCAAUCACCACCCUGGCAACUAUUGCCACACUGGCUAGCCAGGUCACGACAGCCACAGCUGGAGCUGGACCUAAGCAGGUGACUCUGAUCACAACACCAAGCGGUGCAGAGGCUCAGCCGGUCGUCCAGGAUCUGCCAGUCUCCAUCAUGGCUUCUCCUACUUCAGAGGAACCUGGAAGUACUACGAUUACGAGUACAACAACUACUGCACAGGGAGAGACUGGGGAAAGUGCAGUUGCUGCAGUGACAAUGGUCUGCUCCAACCCGCCCUGUGAGACGCACGAGACGGGAACGACCAACACUGCUACCGUCGCUAGCGCAAAUAUCGGCAGUAGCAACCAGGUGUGCUCAAACCCUCCCUGUGAGACGCACGAGACGGGAACGACGAACACUGCCACGGUCGCCACUGCAAAUAUCCUCAGUAAUAACCAGGUGUGCUCCAACCCACCCUGUGAGACACACGAGACAGGAACAACGAACACCGCUACCGUCGCCAGCGCGAACAUCGGCGGUAUCAACCAGGUGUGCUCAAACCCGCCCUGUGAGACGCACGAGACGGGAACAACUAACACUGCCACGGUGGCCUCAGCGAGCAUGAGGCAGGAGCUGCAGAUGAGUUCAAACCAGUCUGCAGCUCCACCUGCUGUCAUUCUGAACACCUGCUCAAAUCCACCGUGUGAGACCCACGAGACUGGAACCACCAACACCGCCACCACUGCUGGAGUUGGUGGGCUCCAACAGGUGUGUUCGAAUCCACCAUGUGAGACCCACGAGACCGGGACCACCAACACUGCCACCACUGCUGGAGCUGGAGGGCUCCAACAGGUGUGUUCGAAUCCACCAUGUGAGACCCACGAGACUGGAACCACCAACACCGCCACUACUGCUACAGCUCAGCAGGGUGGAGACAGCCAACAGGGAGAGUCCACAGAACCUUCCACAUCUGAGCCCCCCUCCACAGCAGCCAAUCAGAGCAGAGCUAUUACUACUGUUACACAGGCCACGCCCACACCAGGACCAUCCAUACCUGAGAUCUCCUCGUUGGUCGGACAGCCACGGGAGGAGUCCUCAGAGGCUGUUGCUAUGGACACAGCAGCAGGUGAGGGGGAGGAGCCUAUGCAGACAGACAGCCAAGCAGAGGAUGUGAUGUCAUCAGCAGCGGCAGUGUUACACGUUCAUGUUGAGGGCGGUGAUACGGCAGCACAGAUGGCGUCCUCAGAUGGUGGUCUUCCUCAGGAGCUGAUGUCGUCUGAAGGGGACGGAGGCGAGGACGUCUCUGGGACGACGACAACCCUGAUGGUGACAGGGGCGCUGAUGCCGGAUCAGCUGGCUGUUACCACGGCAACAGAGGAAGCAGCCCAGCAGGCGACGAUACAGGCAGUACUGCAGGCAGCGGGACAUAUCGGUGACACUGAGGGCUCAGAGCAGUCUAUUCCCAUCGUUCUGACUCAGCAGGAGCUGGCAGCGCUCGUCCAACAGCAGCAGCAACUGCAGGGCAUCCACCAACCAGAACCUGAGCCUGAGCCAGAACCGGAGCCACAGCACAGCAGCAUCCCUACAGAGGGCCUUGCUCCCGCAGACAGCCUCAACGACCCGGCAGCCGACACGAGUAACGGACACGAGCUGGCAUCAUCGGCGGUAACGAGCGCUGUUGCGCGAUUGGCCAGCACGUUUGGUCCCGCCCCCACUCUGACAUCAGGGCAGGUGAAGAAUGAAGCACCUGCCGCACUGCCAGAGGCACCCAACGGCAUCGCACCGACUGCGCCGGUGAAGACGUCGGUGAAGGAGGAUCGGUGGUUCGACGUCGGCAUCGUUAAAGUCACCAACAUGGUGGUCUCGCAUUACUACGUCCCCUACGAUGACAACACACCUGACGACGACUCGGGCGCGGUCCCGGACUACAGUCGAAUGAGAAAGGUGGAGCUACAACCGGGGACAGCCUACAAGUUCCGUGUGGCGGGCAUCAACAUCUGCGGCCGUGGCGCGUUCUCAGAGGUGUCGGCAUUUAAAACGUGCCUGCCCGGUUUCCCCGGAGCGCCCUGUGCCAUCAAGAUCAGCAAGAACCUGGACGGGGCCCAGCUGACUUGGGAGCCUCCCGCCGUCACGUCGGGGAAGAUCACGGAGUACUCCGUCUACCUGGCCAUCCACUCCAGCCAGGCUUCCUCCUCCUCCAGUUCAGGUUCUGGUGCCACCCAGCUGGCCUUCAUGAGGGUCUACUGUGGCCCCAACCCGUCCUGCCUGGUCCAGUCCUCCAGCCUCGCCAACGCACACAUCGAUUACACAACCAAACCCGCCAUCAUCUUCCGCAUUGCAGCUCGCAACCAGAAGGGCUACGGUCCCGCCACGCAGGUCCGGUGGCUGCAAGAAACCAGUAAAGACCCCAAAGCAGCGGUGAAGAGACCAGGAUCAGGACCCGCUGCAGACCUUAAAUCUGCCGGACCAAAGAAGUUCAGAACUGACCAAUAGGAGGAGUCGACUUUCUCCUGAAGACUGUGAUUGGUUACUGUUGCUUGGUUGCCAGAACCAGGAGGAGGCGGGACUCUGGAAACAAACAAAACAAAAGACUUGUAGGAUAUUUGUACAUUUUUUUUUUUUUUGACCAAUCAGAACUCUUCUUCCUUUGUUGUUUCUUUCUGCUGUUGUCAUGGAGACAAUGUUGGGCAGAGUCAACAGCAUUUCUCCAAAUGGAAUUAAAAUUUGAAUUUAUUUGAGUUAUAUGUAGGUAGCUCUCUCUCUCCCCUCUCUCUCUCUGAAUGUCUCUCGCCCUCUCUCUGUCUGAGGUUGUUUUAAAGGUCACAGUUUAUGGUGCUGUUUGUGGGCGGAGCCUCUGCAGCAGAGAGGGGCGGGGUUUAAACCAGCUCUGUUGUAAAUUAUUUUCUCCCUGUAGCAUUGAAAUGUUAUUUUCAUUUUUAUAAACGUCUGUCAGGCUAUUCAAAGUUCUUCUUCUGUGGUUUCUGUUUCUUCUUCUGUUGUUCACGGCAUUCACAAAUUGGUCAGUGAAGGAAACUCGAGCUGUUUGAAAAUCAAACCAGAUGUUUGUGAAUAUUCUCAGAAACAAUAAAGAUUUUUAGAACAUUUCCUGCUCUU